AUGCUGUGCCUCAGCUCCCUGUCCACACUCUUCCUCCUGCUUCUCCUCUACUCCCCUCCGCUGUCUGCCCAGGGAAUGCUUGUACGUCUAGCAGGUAGAGGCCGGCGCGGUGCAAACGAGGGACGUGUGGAGGUGCUCUACAAUGGCACGUGGGGCACAGUGUGUGACGAUGACGUAGAUCUUAACCUGGCCAAUGUGGUGUGCCGACAGCUGGGCUUUCAAAGUGGCUUGACCUGGGCGCACAGUGCCAAGUUCGGCGAGGGUCAUGGUUUGAUCUGGUUGGAUAAUGUGCACUGCACGGGCACAGAGUCCUCUAUUGCAAACUGUCGCUCAAAUGGCUGGGGAAUCAAUGACUGCACCCAUGCUGAGGACCUGGGGGUCAUUUGCAGCCAAGAAAGGAGACCAGGCUCCCCCGCUGUCCCCCUGGAGGAGCCUCCUCCAUCAUCCAGGCGCCAGCCAAGCCAGCCAAGACAGAGAAUUCCACCACCAUCGCCCCCAGCCCACAUCACUUCGUCUUCUGCAAGAGGCCAUGAGAUUGCCCUUCAUCGCAACCCGACUUCUUCCCGUCGCAGCAACAUCUCCCCACAGGAAAAUGGCCACGAGAUCCAGAUCUUGAGACGGAAUCGAGGUAGUACCAGACCGAGCCCACAGGUGAGCCCGGCUCUGCCACAGGGGCACCAGCUCCCUUCACGUCUGGCAAACGGUGCAUCCUACAGGCAGAGACUGGAGACAGCGAGGUCCACUCCACAAGCAAUAAGACGAGAGGCUGAGGGACAGACAAACAGGCAGCCUGAGCGGAGGAAUGACCGGCAUCAGCAGCUCAGUGGGAAUCAUGUCGAACCAUACCCUGUUUAUCCAAACGUGGGACUGGAGACUGAUGCGCACUACACACAGGGUUCUGAAAGGGUUCACUUAGAGGAAGCUCGUCUACGGCCUGUACUGUCCGGCAACCAUGGCGGUCUGGUGACGGAAGGCGUGCUGGAGGUGAGGCAUGCUGGGAGGUGGCGUCAUGUGUGCAGCCAUGGUUGGGACCUCAGCAGCAGCCGUGUCGUCUGUGGCAUGUUAGGAUUCCCUGCUGCAGAGGCGUUUGACCAAAACGCCUACAGGAAACUGUGGGACUCCAAGUUGGCCGAUCCAUCCGCAAGGCUGAGGACACAGAUCGGUAAGAAGGCCUACUGGGUGGAGAAGAUGCAAUGUCAGGGCACGGAGGUCUCUCUGUCGCAGUGUCAGGUCCUGCUGUCCCUCCCCAGGAGUGAUGUACCGUGCCGUGGCGGCAUGCACGCUGUGGUCCGCUGUGUCCCUGGAUCCCAGUUCACACGCUAUGGCAGAGCACCUGCACCACCCGCCGUGCCGCCUGUCGUGCGUCUGAAGGCAGGGUCCCGCCUCGGCGAGGGCCGUGUGGAGGUGCUGAGGGAGGGCAAGUGGGGCACCGUGUGUGACCACCUGUGGGACAUCACUGCGGCCAGCGUGGUCUGCAGGGAGCUGGGCUUUGGGACAGCCAAAGAGGCGCUCACCAAGGCUCAGCUGGGACAGGGUACCGGCCCCAUCCAUAUGAACAGUGUGCAGUGCACAGGCAGGGAGAGGUCGGUUACAGAGUGUGUCUACAGACAGGUGCCGCUUUACAGCUGCAAACACAACCAGGAUGUAGCUGUACGCUGCAACGUGCCCAACACUGGCGUGCAGGCCACGGUGCGUCUGGCAGGAGGCAGAGAGCCCUCAGAGGGACGUGUGGAGGUGCUGAUGGAGGUCAGAGGGGUGAAGCGCUGGGGUUCCGUCUGCAGCGAGAACUGGGGCAUCAAUGAGGCCAUGGUGGUCUGUCGACAACUGGGCUUAGGCUUCGCAUCAAGAGCUCAUCAGGAGACCUGGUACUGGCCUGGCUCUGCAGAUGCUGGGGAGGUGGUUCUGAGUGGAACUCACUGCAUCGGCACUGAGAUGUCCAUCCAGCAGUGUCGCAGAAACACAAAUGUCUACUGUCCCAGAGGAGGAGAGGGCAGGGCUGCAGGAGUCACAUGUGUAGAAACUGCUCCUGACCUCGUCCUGGAUGCUCAGCUCGUUCAGGAGACGGCCUACCUGGAGGACCGACCCCUCCACCUGCUCACCUGCGCUAAUGAAGAGAACUGCCUGUCCUCCUCUGCCGCAAGGAUGAACUGGCCCUACGGACAUCGCCGCCUGCUCCGCUUCUCCUCCCGUAUCAUGAACCUGGGCCGUGCUGACUUCCGACCCCGAGCCAGCAGAGAAAGCUGGACAUGGCACCAGUGUCACAGGCACUACCACAGCAUUGAGGUGUUUACCCACUACGACCUGCUGACGUUCAACGGGACCAAGGUGGCAGAAGGUCACAAGGCCAGCUUCUGUCUGGAGGACACCUACUGCCCUGAUGGUAUCCAUAAGCGGUACGCCUGCUAUAACAUGGGUCAGCAGGGCAUCUCAGUUGGGUGCUGGGACACCUACCGCCACGAUAUUGACUGCCAGUGGAUCGACGUCACAGACAUACGACCUGGUGAAUACAUCUUCCAGGUGGAGGUCAACCCUUCCUUAGACAUGGCUGAGUCUGAUUUCCAGAACAACGUGAUGCGCUGCAGAUGCAAGUACGACGGAGCACGAGUUUAUAUGUUCGGAUGCCAUGCAGGUGAUGCUUACAGCGCAGAGGUGGAGGACUUGUUUGACCACCAGCGUCAGAUCUCCAACAACUUCCUGUGAAUUAAGGAACAUGCAGAUUUAAGGACAGAACAACUGUACAACUCCU